GUUCUCUUUCCCUCUCCAAUUCGAGACGAGCGUUUUUUUCUCUGCUUCGCUUUCUCCUCAUCUCUUCUCUCUCUCUCUCUCUCUAGCCACUGAUCUUGACUUCAGAUCUGCAUUCGAUCUAACCUGAUUGGAGAAUUCAUGGCACGUUUGCCUCGGAAACAGCAGGGAUCGGCGGACGACGAACCAGCUGCUGGUUCUCCGGCGGAUUUGCGGGAAUCCGGGAAGUUGUCUUCGGACAAGCCCUUACGUGUCUAUGCCGAUGGUAUAUAUGAUCUCUUUCACUUCGGUCACGCUCGAUCACUCGAGCAAGCUAAAAAACUGUUCCCCAACACAUAUCUACUUGUUGGGUGCUGCAACGAUGAGGUCACACAUAGAUACAAGGGGAAAACUGUUAUGACUGAAGCUGAACGCUAUGAGUCCCUACGUCACUGCAGGUGGGUUGAUGAAGUUAUUCCUGAUGCUCCAUGGGUCAUCACACAAGAGUUCAUUGAGGAGCACAAGAUAGACUAUGUGGCCCAUGACUCUCUCCCAUAUGCAGAUGCAAGUGGGGCAGGCAAAGACGUCUAUGAAUUUGUAAAAGCUAUGGGGAAAUUCAAGGAGACAAAGCGCACAGAAGGGGUAUCAACAUCUGAUCUUAUAAUGAGGAUUCUUAAGGACUACAAUCAGUACAUUAUGCGUAACUUAGCCCGUGGAUACACAAGGAAAGACCUAGGUGUGAGCUAUGUCAAGGAGAAACAACUGAGAGUGAACAUGGGGAUAACAAAAUUACGUCAGAAAGUGAAGGAACAUCAAGAGAAGGUGGGGCAGAAGUUAAAGAUAGCUGGUAUGCAGCAUGGAGAGUGGGUGGAGAAUGCAGACCGUUGGGUUGCUGGCUUCCUUGAGAAGUUUGAGGAAAGUUGCCACAUAAUGGAAACUGUGAUUAAGGUCCGGAUUCAGGAAGGCCUCAAGAGGCAGCAGUCAAAAGUGAUGCUGAACCUCCUCCCAGAAGGGGCAGUGAAAUCUUGAGAGUGAUUGAUAGAACUGAAGUGCGGGAAUCGUGUUUUGUAGAUAUUCCUUCUCAUUGCAUGCCUACACAUCUUCGUGCCGAACUGGUGCUGCUCAUCCGCUGAUACUGAUAUUAGUUUUGUCAUCCCCAAUUAACCUUUUCCUUUUUCUUUUUCUUUUUCGUCUAAUCCAAUUGCUGUUACACUGCCACUGUAGCAGUUAAGAGUUGUACCCUGUGUCUUUGUCCUGGAGGUAAAUUCCUCGUUUUGUUGCAUUCUUUUGUCGACUGUUUAGCCAUUCCCUCUAUUUGUUUAAUGAUCAAGGAAAGAAGUAUGCUUA